AUGCAUACUUCGGCUCUUCUCCUUCCAGCGCUCGCCGCCCUCCUCGACGUCGCCGCUGCCCACGGUUUCGUCACUGGCGUCAGCAUCAACGGCGCAUGGACCAAGGGCUCCGAUCCAGUGUGGUACUACUACGCGGCGGAUCAGAAGCCCGUCACCGCGGGCUGGGACUCGUUGAAUCAGGAUUUGGGCUUCGUCUCUCCGAGCUCUUUCCAAUCCGUUGAUAUUGCCUGUCAUAAGAGCGCUACAGCUGGAAAGGCAUAUGCGAGCGUUAACGCGGGUGACACGAUCAAGUUCUCGUGGAACACGUGGCCAGAUAGCCACAAAGGCCCAGUGAUUAACUAUAUUGCUCCAUGUAAUGGUGAAUGCACGACUCAAUCCGCAUCGAACCUCCGCUGGAGCAAGAUUUCGCAAGCCGGUCUCAUUACGCCGGGCGGCACAGGCACCUGGGUGACCGACCAGCUUAUUGCAAACAACUUUAGCACCUCGAUGACCCUUCCUCGUAACCUCAAGGCCGGCAACUACGUGAUCCGGCACGAAAUCAUCGCUCUUCACGGCGGGAACAGUGAUAACGGCGCGCAGGCCUACCCUCAGUGCCUGAAUUUCAAGGUUGGAGGAAGCGGGACGGUAGCUCCGAGCGGCGGUGUUGCGGGAACGGCUUUGUAUACCAGGACCGAUCCUGGCAUCCUCUUCAACCUGUACACGAACCCGACUUCAUACCCGUAUCCGGGUCCGGCACUUUGGACUGCGGCGAACUGACGAAGCAGCUAUGGUGGGCUAACGGGGAUGCAGCGGGGUUUUCUUCGUGUAAAUACCGAGAUUCGUGAAAGAACGCAUUCGCUACUGCCCUAGGUUGUGAAAGAGUGCGCCGUGGCCGGUUUCCUUUCGAUUGACCGCAUUGUGCUCACGUGAAUGCGCAGCCGUCGACCCGACGCAGAGGUUGAGAAUGC